CAGAGUGGAGCCUUAUCAAUUAUCAUGCAAAUGGCAACAAUUGACAGGCAGAAGAAUAGCCACACAAGCACAACCCAAUACAUACCACAACACAUUUUUGAAGAGUCCAUCUCAUCUCCUCAUCCCCUUAUCACUCUUUUCUCAAUUCCUUCUCCGUUCCCCUCUCUCUGAACAUUUGUCAAAUAUCAAACAGCAAUCUCGGCAAACUCUGCAGGGAAUUCGAAACAUUUAGUGGGUUUUGCAUUUGAUAUACAGACAGCGCUUGGAGGUGUUAGUCUUGGAAUGGUGAAGGAUAUUUAAGUGUUCUGAGAAAUGGCUUCUUUAGCUUCCCUGGCUAAUUUGGGAAGCGUGAAUACAAAUUCCCUCGGUAAUUUUGACGGGUCUGUUUGUUUAGUCCGGAGCAUAUCUUUCCAUAGAAAUGCGACUAGUUUUAGAAGCCAGAGGUGGAGAUAUGUCGGCAUGUGUAGAUGUUCUGUGACAACCGAUUUCAUUCCCGAGCAAGCAACAUCGGUGUCUCUUGAUUCCACUAACAAUGGUGGCAGUGAAAACACUGGUCCGGAAAAUUUUCCUAAGGCGGCUCCUAAGCCGGUCUUGAGGUCGGGACCCAAACUCGACCCCAUUCUCAGUUCGCCUUUGGAUGAAUCCAAGCGUAACAGGGAAUCGAGCAGUGAUAAAACGAAUGGUGCGGAUGAAAACAGAAGUAAGGUGAUUGAGUCUCUAGGGGAGGUACUGGAGAAGGCCGAGAAGCUAGAGACGCACAAGAAUUCGAAUUUUUCGGUAAAAAAAUCUUUGAGUGGUGAUAAAUCAGAUGGAAAUAAUGGUAAACCAUCUAUUCCUGCAAAUAACUUGAAUAACAUGCCUAAGACGAGGAGUGUCUGGCGUAAGGGUAAUCCUGUAACGACAGUGCAGAACAUUGUGAAGGAACCUUUUAAGCCUUCAAUGACCGUGCAGAAAAUCGUGAAGGAACCUAUUAAGCAGGAAACAGACGUAGAUAAGGGAAGGUUGGUUGGCUCUCAGCUUGUUGUUAAUCCACCUCAGAAAAUUGAACCAAAAUUGCAAAUGAGACCUUCAGUGGCUCCUCCUCCUCCUCCAACUUCUGUUAGAAAACCCGUCAUCUUGAAGGAUUUAAAUGCGGCUGCUAAGCCGAUUGUUGCUGAUAGAGCUGAUUCAGUCACGGAGCCUAAAGAAAGGAAGCCGAUUUUAAUCGACAAGUUUGCAUCCAAGAAGCCGGUGGUUGAACCUUUGAUUGCUCAAGCUGUUUCUGCUCCUCAUAAGCUGGGCAGAGGUCCUGCACUUGGGAAGUUCAAGAACGAGUUCCGAAAAAAGAGUGAGCCAUCAGGAGGACCUCGUAGGCGUAUGCUUAAAGGUAAUGAUGAUAAUCCCGAUGAUGAUUCAUCUGAACAUAAUGCUUCAAGACCUGGGAUGGCCAGAAAAGGACGAAAAUGGUCUAAAGCGAGCCGGAAAGCGGCCAGGCUUCAGGCAGCCCGAGCUGCAGCCCCUGUUAAAGUGGAAAUUAUGGAAGUUGAUGAAGAUGGGAUGUUUACAGAGGAUUUGGCUUUCAAUUUGGCCACCAGUGAAGGUGAAAUUCUGGGGUAUUUGGACUCUAAAGGAAUUAGGCCUGUUUUGGUCCAGAAGCUGAGCAAUGAAAUGGUGAAGAUGGUGUGCAGAGAGUAUGGGGUGGAAGUCAUUGAUGCUGCCCCCGUGAGAAUUGAAGAAAUGGCCAAAAAGAAGGAAAUUUUCGACGAGGAGGAUCUGGAUAAAUUACGAGAUAGGCCUCCUGUGUUAACGAUAAUGGGUCAUGUUGAUCAUGGAAAGACGACGCUUUUGGAUUACAUACGGAAAAGCAAGGUGGCAGCAUCUGAGGCUGGUGGGAUUACACAAGGAAUUGGGGCUUAUAAGGUUCAAAUACCUGUGGAUGGAAAGCCUCAAACAUGUGUCUUUCUUGAUACUCCAGGACAUGAGGCAUUUGGAGCCAUGAGAGCUCGUGGAGCGAGAGUAACGGAUAUAGCUGUGAUUGUAGUUGCAGCUGAUGACGGAAUUAGACCCCAAACAAGUGAAGCUAUUGCUCAUGCCAAAGCUGCAGGAGUUCCAAUUAUUAUAGACAUGGACGGAGCUAAUCCAGAUAAAGUCUUACAAGAUCUGUCUUCAAUUGGUUUGAUGCCUGAAGACUGGGGUGGUGACAUCCCAAUGGUUAAGAUAAGUGCUCUUAAGGGGGAGAACGUUGAUGAGUUGCUGGAAACCAUCAUGCUCGUAGCUGAGUUACAAGAACUGAAGGCUAAUCCAGAUAGGAAUGCUAAAGGAACAGUCAUUGAAGCUGGACUUGAUAAAUCCAAGGGACCUUUAGCUACAUUCAUUGUGCAAAAUGGAACACUCAAAAGAGGAGACAUAGUUGUUUGUGGUGAAGCUUUUGGAAAGGACGUCUCAUCUGUGGUACGAGCAUUAUUUGAUGAUCAAGGGAAGCAGGUUCAAGAAGCAGGACCAUCUAUCCCUGUGCAGGUCAUUGGAUUGAAUAAUGUCCCUUUAGCUGGUGAUGAAUUCGAGAUUGUUGAUUCUCUUGAUAUAGCUCGAGAAAAAGCCGAGUCGCGUGCUGAGUAUUUGCGGAAUGAGCGUAUUACAGCAAAAGCAGGGGAUGCAAAGGUUACACUUUCUGCUUUAGCAUCUGCCAUGUCAGCUGGAAAGAAUGCUGGUUUAGAUCUUCAUCAGCUUAAUAUGAUAUUGAAGGUUGAUGUUCAGGGAUCCAUUGAGGCUGUCAAACAAGCUCUUCAGGUACUUCCACAAGAAAACAUCACACUGAAGUUCCUACUGCAAGCAACUGGGGACGUGAGCAUCAGUGAUGUUGACCUUGCAGUGGCAAGCAAAGCCAUAAUCUUUGGUUUUAAUGUAAGAACACCAGGUUCAGUCAAGAUCUAUGCAGAUAACAAAGGUGUUGAAAUCAGGUUGUAUAAAGUUAUCUAUGAGCUUAUUGAUGAUGUCCGAAAUGCAAUGGAAGGCCUCUUGGAUUCAGUUGAGGAACAAAUUCCAAUUGGGUCAGCAGAAGUUAGGGCCGUAUUUAGUAGCGGUAGUGGCCGUGUUGCUGGAUGCAUGGUGACAGAAGGCAAAAUAGUGAAAGACUGUGGAAUUCGUGUGCUAAGAAAAGGCAAAGAAGUUCAUGUUGGUGUGCUUAGUUCAUUAAGACGUGUGAAGGAAAUAGUGAAAGAGGUAAAUGCUGGGCUAGAGUGUGGAAUAGGAUUAGAGGAAUUCGAUGAUUGGGAGGAAGGGGAUAGUAUUGUGGCCUUUAACUCUGUGCAGAAGAGAAGAACACUCGAAGAGGCCUCAGCUUCAAUGUCAGCCGCACUCGAAAAAAGGGAUAAGUUGAGCAUUCUUAAGAAACUCAAUGAUUGUAACAGAUACAAAAUCAUCUCUGCUAAAAACACGAAAAGUGAAAUGCAUCUGUCUGUUUCGGUUGGUGUUGAUUCGAAUACUUGCAAGUUUUGUGAGCUUAGAGUUUAUCGUGAUCUCAAGCAGAAGCUCUCAUAG